AUGACAGAAAAAGGGAAACCUCGAAUGCAACAGAAAAAAGAUGCGGAGAAGACGUCUGAAAAAACCGACAAGAGCAACGACAAAUCUGCCCUACAUAGUGCAUCCAGUUCCUCAGAGGAAUCUAGCUCUUCGGAUGAAUCCAGCUCUACGGACGACUCCUGUUCUUCCGAUGAAUCUGGCUCUUCCAACAAAUCUAGCUCAUCUGAGGAGUCUAGCACCGAUGAUGACUCCAGUUCUGAAGAUGACUCUAGUUCUGAAGAUGACUCAAGCUCCGAUGAUGACUCCAAUUCCGAUGACGACUCCAGCUCCGAUGAAGACUCCUGCUCCGAUAGCUCAAGUUCAUCCGAUUAG